AUGGCGCCGCCGCUUUCGAAAAGUGGCGCGCUUAGUUCCCUAACCAGAUUCCUUAUCAUUAUCGCUGUUAUCGGCCUGUCAGUUACAUCGUGCUACAACUUUGAAAACGAAUCUGUCGAGCCCGACGUCUCCCUUCAUCAUGGCAACAUCCUGAGCCCCUUGCUGAAGGCUCUUUCAGAGCAAGAUCCAUGGGGAGACUUUACACCACGAGCCAAACCUGACUCCAGGUAUGUGCGCUACAUGAAGAGACUGUAUAAAUUAUCAUCGAAACACGACAGGAGUCGCGAGGCCUCUCACCUGUACAACACCGCCCGUCUGAUCACACCUCGAGAGGAGUGUCUCGAACAAAACCGAGAAUUUUUCAUGCAGGAUAUCUCCUACAGUCUUAAUCGAGUGAGGUCUCAGGAGCAAUUACUAAAGUCUGUCCUGCUUUACUCCUUCGACCAUAACCACAUCACCCCCUUCACAUCGCUUUGUUAUCUCGACGUGAAGGAACAGGAAACCUCAAACGAUCAGAUGUGUUCUCACCAUUUGAGAUCGCACCACUCUGUCCCCAUGCUCAGCUUCCGUGUCCACACAGAGAGAAGGGUCCGUCGCCGCUGGGUGGAGGUGGAUGUCACUUCCUUCCUCCAUCCUCUCAUCCAGUCCCAUAAGAAGGAAAUCCAUCUGCUUAUCAACUUGACCUGUGUUGAAAAUAUGAUCCCCAGACAUGGAGGCCAGAUCCAUAAGAGCCCAGUGGAGUUAACUCACAGGUCUCCAUCCCUCCUUCUGUAUCUGAAUGAUACCAGUGAGGUCGCCUACCAGAGAAAGGCCACACAGAGUAGGAUGGUAGACCUAACAUCAAACCACUGGGAUGGAAAGUCCAGAUCAUGGGAGCCAACCUCACGUAAGAGACGUGGCACAUUAAAGAGUACCAAUGCAAGUCCAGAAACUAGUUUGGCAGAUCUCCUCCCAAUGUAUGACUUUCCAACAGAUGACUGUGAUCUCUAUGAUUUCAGAGUGAGCUUCAGUCAGCUCAAAUUGGACCACUGGAUUAUAGCACCUCACAAAUACAAUCCGAGGUACUGUAAGGGAUCUUGCCCAAGGGUUGUGGGGUUUAUCUAUGGGUCACCUAUACAUACAAUGGUUCAGAAUAUCAUUUAUGAGAAGCUAGACUCCUCUGUCCCCAGGCCUUCAUGUGUACCAUCAGAAUAUAAUCCCUUAAGUGUUUUGACCAUUGAGAAUGAUGGCUCUAUUGCCUACAAGGAAUAUGAGGAGAUGAUUGCUACUAAAUGCACCUGUCGCUAA